CUCCGGGAGCUGAAGAUGCUUCGGACGCUGAAGCAGGACAACAUCGUGGAGCUGAAGGAGGCGUUUCGCAGGAGGGGGAAGCUCUACCUUGUCUUUGAAUAUGUGGAGAGGAACAUGCUGGAGCUCUUAGAGGAACUGCCCAACGGUGCACCGCCUGAUAAAGUCCGCAGCUACAUCUACCAGCUCAUCAAAGCUAUCAACUGGUGUCACAAGAAUGAGAUAGUACACAGAGAUAUCAAGCCGGAGAACCUCCUCAUCAGCUCGGAGGAUGUUCUCAAACUCUGCGACUUUGGUUUUGCUCGUAACCUGUCUGAAGGAACAGAUGCCAACUACACUGAGUACGUGGCUACAAGGUGGUACCGCUCGCCUGAGCUGCUGCUGGGGGCUCCCUAUGGUAAGGCAGUGGACAUGUGGUCUGUGGGGUGCAUCCUCGGGGAGCUGAGUGACGGACAGCCCUUGUUUCCAGGGGAAAGUGAGAUAGAUCAGCUCUUCACCAUUCAGAAGGUUUUGGGGCCACUUCCUGCAGAGCAGAUGAAGCUCUUCUACAACAACCCUCGCUUUCACGGCAUCAGGUUUCCCUCUGUUACUCAUCCUCAGACUUUGGAGAGAAGGUACCAAGGCAUCUUGAGUGGUUUGAUGUUGGAUUUGAUGAAGAACCUGUUGCUGCUAAACCCCACUGAGCGUUACCUGACAGAGCAGAGUCUGAACCACCCGGCCUUCCAGCCUCUGAGGCAGGCGGAGAGAGAGCGGCCUCCUCCUGCAUCUCCCAACCCACCGCGCUCCUCCAAGAGGAAAACACACCAUCAUGGAGAGAACACAGUUCCCACAAGGAGUCACACUAAGAGCACGAGCCGUCGCUCCAACAGCAAAGAAUGUUCCAGCCUCCCUCGCCAUGGUGACCUCCAUCACCUUGGCAACAAGAGUUUCCUCAAUGGUAACAAACCGCCCCCUUCCAGUUUAAGUCCUACGCUCCACCCGAAGGGCCAGUACAUGUCCCAGACCCUCAAUCGUUCUGCCUCGUCCAGCAAAGACCUGGCUAACAACAACCUGCCACACCUCCUCAGUCCCAAAGAAGCCAAAGGCAAGACAGAGUUUGAUUUUAGCCUGGGACCCUCCCCAAAGCUGCCAGACCAGGGACACGGGGCGAAGUACGGCCACAGCAAACCCAGCUCCUCUCGCUCUCAGCAGCAGCAGCAGCAGCAGCAGCAGCAGGCCGGCCGCCACAACUUCCUGGAAGGCAAGACCAACACGCUGCAGUCUGGAGCCGAGAAACAACACGGCCGGCAUUCCCACAGCAUGGCCGACUCCGCCCACGGGUCCAUGUCCUCCUCUUCUAAGAGUUCAGCCUCGUAUCUCAGCCUUUCCAAGAGCCACAGCGCGCUGAGCGAUGCCAAAUCUGUGGGGAACCUCAGCGACGGUCGACUCCACCCAGACGACCCAAACUCCAACACGACAGCAGGGGUGGGGCCCGGUGCCCGCUUCUUCCCUGCCAGCUGUUUAGACCUCAACGCCCCUUCAGGUCCGCCGGGGCCACCUGGCAGCCCCUCUGCUCGACACAGCGAUCGAUCCGGGCACAGCCCCGCCUCUCGUAGCAGCGGCAACGUCCGCAUGGAGAGCAGCACACUGGACUCCUCAUCCAGACACAAAUCCAGACAUAAAUCUUUAGCACCAGAGGAGGCUGGUGCUCCGGAGCUCUUAGACCCAGGAGGAGCGGGGAUGCCCUCCACCCACACUCUGCCUUCCCCACACGAGUCUUAUCAUUACGGCCUGGGCUAUACCUCCCCCUUCUCCUCUCAGCAACGGCCUCAACGCCACUCCAUGUACGUGAGGAGGGAGCGCCACCGGCCACACGGGGUCGAGGGUGGGAUGGCGGGUUUGCCUCCACCUGGGCAGACGAUACCGACGCGUGCCAGUAGCCUGCAACUCCUCUCCCCCCAGCUGCAGCACCGGACCACCCUCACCGGACACUCCGUGAGCUCUUCAAGAGAGGACUGCACUGACGACAUGACGAGGAGUGAGCAGUCCCCUAAAGACAUGAGCCACCCUUGUGCCCCCAUCAAAGACUCUACGCGGGACAACACUGCUGCUUUUCAUACACAGCGCUCAAAAAACGAGGUGGGCAUGUAUCACGACCCUCACGGUGAGGAUGGAGGUUCAUCCAAGGAGAACCGGAUGAUCUUCACCGAGUCCAUGCCGCGGCGAGUAGGCAGCUUCUACCGAGUCCCCUCCCCCAGACCAGAUAACUCCUCUUCUUUCCACGAGGGUGUCGGGCAGGCUCGAGGGCCGGUCGUACCCGUCGGAGCCGUUGAUCCCGUCGCCUUGGCCAACCACUCCAAACGGCAGACGGCUUUUGAUUGGACUGCCGCAGAAGCGAUGGUCAUGAAUCCUCCAGAGCCCACCAAAGAGAAGGAAAAGCAAGGCUUCUUCAGAGCCAUUAAAAAGAAAAAGAAGAAGACACAAAUAACGGACAUGGAGGACGGGAGGAACCCCAGCAUCAAGAAAAGCCUUUUCCCUCUCUUUAGCUCUAAGAAUAGCUUAAAGCACAACUCAGCUGUCAAAGUCCUCCCUGUAGUCGCCUCGCCUAUGGUCCCUGGUAACGGACAAGAACACCUGUCCCUGCAGAGGAGCUCCAAGUCCUCCUCUCACCAUGGCAGCCGACGGAAAAACCGCGAGAGGUCCCGAGACCGGGACCGGGAGCGGGAACAGAGCCGGGACCGAGACCGAGAGAGGGAGAGAGAGCGGGAGAGAGAAAGAGAGAGAGAAAGGGAGAGAGAGAGGGAAAGAGGGAGGGAGAGAGAGAGAGUCAAUGAUUGGCCACCAGACAAACCAGUGGACUCGCACUCUCAGAGUCAACCACUCAAAUCACUCCGCAGGCUCCUUCACCUCUCCCCUUCUUCCUCAAAUCAAGGACAGCCUCCUCCUCCCCCUCCUCCAGACCUGCGCUUCCAAGCCCCCCUCCCCAACCCCCCGCAGCCCUCCUCCAAAGCGGGCUACUCUGAGGGUCGAGGGCACGCCGACAGCAGGGGGCACGUUGGGGUGAGCAGCUCCGCCCAGGCUAAGAGCCGCAAGGCCAGCUACCCCCUCCCCGGACAGAUCGAGUCCAGCUGGCACGUGUCUGCUUUACAGCGGGCGGAGGGCGCUCAGUUCACCCCCGAACAGCUGGGCAUCAAACCAGGGCAAAACGGGCCCACCUUUACUCGAGCCUCGCGCACCAGGAUGCCAAACCUCAACGACCUGAAGGAGACCGCGCUGUAA